AUGUAAUUUAUCAAAGAUGUCAUUUUUAAAAAAUAUUAAAAAAGGAAAUCGAGGUCUUGCCGUGAGGCGAGACCGAGAAACUAUUAUAAUAUAUUUGAACUUAAUUUUAUUAAAAAUCGAAUCAAAAACACAAACAUAAAAAAUAAAUUAAUUCAAAGAUUUAACUAAUAAAUAAAAUAAAAUAAAAUAAAAUAACAUUCCCGUGUGCGAAGCACGGGCAAAAUUACUAGUAUAACAUAAUAUAGACACCUAGGUUGGAGCAGAGUUAAAUUUUCUUUGAGUUAAAUUUUAAAAGAAAAUGACGUGAAUAUGAUACAAAUGACAGACACUCAUUCAACACAUGUAGCGUGCUGAUCUCUCGGCUCUAAAAAUAUUGCUAACAGGUCUCUGCCCUUUUUUACGUAUUAGAUACUCCCUCCGUCCCACAAUACAUGUCUCUUUUGGAAAAAAAAAUUGUCCCACGAUACUUGUCCACUUUUAGUUUCCAAUGUAAAUAUAUUGACAUUAUUCCAAAAUUACCCUUCUUAAAAGUUGUAUAACAAUGAAUAAGGGUUGAAUAAGAGUCUACAUUCAUGCAUUUAUUAGGGGUACAAGUGAGAAAAUAUUAUCUAAUUAAUAUUUCCUUAAUAUGCGUACUUUUUUAAAAGAGACAUGUAUUGUGGGGCGGAGGGCCACGUAAAUUUUAAAGUUAACACGUCACCUGCGAUGGAGAUGCUCUAAAAACACCGACAUAGCAAAGCAAGUCAGCACGUACCGCGUGAAAUUAACCGAAAACAAAACACAAACAAAGCACUAGUACAACUUAGUUAACACCACUCUCCUUCCAAGCCGAAGAAAAAUAUUUAUUUUUGGGUUUUGACGAGACAAGAAAAUAGUCAAAAAUCAAACAGCGUGAAUCCCGAGACGCAUCCAACUCGUAAUCCCUGUACGAAUCGAAUCUUCGCGGCUUCAACUGCCCUGCCGGCGAUCAAGCACUAUGGCCCAUUGGAGAAACACCCACAGAUCACGAAACGGCGCCGCUUACAACACUUUAACUCCGUCUCGGACGAUUCAACUCGGCCGAGUUACUCCGCAGGCUCCUGGUAAUCGGACUGUGUUUUGUAACGAUCAUGAUGCCAACGCUCUCGCGAGUUUCAAGCCACUUAGGAUGUGACUUCCAAUGGGAUUGUCUGAAGAGGAGGCUGGCUAACUGCUACUUUCUUAUGAUAUCCUUGUUAUCAUUCACACCUGUCAGCCCUGUGAGUCCAUAUACGAAUGUAGCUCCAUUGGCUAUUGUGCUCAUAGUCUCUCUUAUUAAAGAGGCUUUUGAGGACUGGACUGCAAAUUUGGACGGAGAAACAAAUUUGAAGAUCAGAAAAGCACUGGAAAAAACGUGGGACUUCGUGUCUCCUGAGAAGGCCUCAGAAUUUAAAGGUGAAGUACAGUGUGAGCAACCUAACAACUCGCUAUACACUUUUACCGGCAAUCUGAUUCUACAGAAGCAAACAUUGCCUCUCAGUCGGAAUCAGAUUCUAUUGCGGGGAUGCAGUCUGAGGAACACACAGUACAUAGUCGGAUGUGUUAUUUUUACUGGGCCAGAGACUAAGGUUAUGAUGAAUUCGAUGAAUGUUCCUUCUAAAAGAAGUACACUAGAAAAGAAGCUCGAUAAAGUUAUUCUUGCUCUGUUUUGCCUUCUCUUCUGUAUGUGUCUUAUAGGGGCCAUCGGCAGUGCUAUAUUUGUGAAUUUUGAUGAUUACUACUUGAAUCUUAACGCUAAAAACCCAAGCGAACUGGACCAAUUCAACCCAAACCAUAGGCUUAAGGUCUAUCUUUACUACUUAUGGCCUCUACAAUAUUGCAAUUUUAUUCGCUUCCAGUUUUCCCGUACCAUUUAGCUCAUGUAUGUUAUUGCUCUGCAUGUUGCUGCGUUGGGUAUAUUUACUCUGAUUACUCUCUAUUCGCCGAUCAUCCCUAUUUCCCUUUAUGUUACUGUUGAGGUAAGUUGAUGACUGAUAUAAUAUGUGGCUUUUACUGGGCUUCUUUGGUUCAGCCACUUAGUUACUUUUGUUUUUCAGACCAUCAAAUUUAUUCAGUCUUCCAAAUUUAUCAACAAUGACUUGCAUAUGUACCAUGCUCCGACGGACACACCAGCUUUAGCACGUAUGUCAAAUCUUAAUGAGGAACUUGGACAGGCAAGCUGUUUCAUGUUAAUUCAGUUGAUAGGCAAUUUUGCUUACUUCUUGCUUCUACCCUCCGAUUGGGAGUGUGUUAUCUGUUCCAAACUUAUUUCAUUUAAUUAUAAAAUUAUUCAAUCUUGGAUAAUCUUAAUGCCACUUGGCAUCGUUUUGUAAUAUAUUUUUUUUUGGCAUAAUAUAUAUUAAGAUUAUUAUUCUUUA